UGAAAUUUGUACAUUCACGCAAAUACAGUAUUGGAAAUAACGAUGAUCAAUUAAUAAUUAAUUUUUUAAAUAUGUUUUUUGCCUUGGUCGUUUCACAAGCAUGAUACGUGAUUUUCUGGUUGACCUUGUCGUUGCCAUCUACAGAUCGGACUUCUCAUUAAUAUAGUGAUUCCUUUUAAUCUUAGAAAUGUCAAGUUCAUUCGGCUUACUAACUAAACGAGAAAGAUCGAUGAAUUUAGUCACGUUGUCUAUCAUAAGCCAAAUCUAUAAAUUUAUCAAUAAAUAGAGGAAAAGAGGGAAAACAAAGUGGGAUAGAAUAAAUUACAGAAAAAGAAAAAAAACACCUUUUAACAAAAACAUAUGAAGAUAAAAUUGUUAUUGUAAUAAAAAGUGUUGCGUUUUUAUUAAUGUUUGUGCGUUAUCGACCCAUGGAGAGUGGAAAUUUUUUCGUGCAAUAUAGGAAAGAGGGGAAAACCACGUAUUUUUUUUUUUUUUUACAAAAUAAUGUGUUUGUGAGAAAUGGAGUGAGUAAGAAAGAGAAAGAGAAAGAGGAAAAUUCUUGAAUACACGUAUUCAUCUUUUUCAAGUUGUCAUCAACUCGUGCGACGUAUAAAAGUAAAAAGUUUUCAUCGAUUUCCGUAUAGUCGAUCGUCGACCUUCCUUGAGAGACUUUGUUUGAGAAGCCUUGACGAAUCCUAUAUAAAGAUAUUUCUGUGAUCUAUAAUAAUUUAUUAUAAUCGUUUCAAUAUGACGAGCUGUGUCAGAGUUUCUACGAUUUUAAUCGUGCUUGCAGUAAUAUCAAACACCAUGGCCUUUCCUCAGAGUGGUUCGAAUUUAGAUGAUUUUUCUGAAGUUAAUGGGUUCGUUUUUGACGGUCCUAUAAGAACUACAACUCGAGAUUCUACAAAUAUUGGAUUUACAGAAACAACGACACGAGCCACACCUGCACCUGUUACACCAGGAUCCCCAGAUUAUGAAAAUUGCAUUUCUUCGUGUGUGCCCACUUCAGAAUAUAAUCCUGUAUGUGGAUCAGACAACAUCACUUAUGAUAAUCCUGGAAGAUUGAAUUGUGCAGUUUUUUGCGGCAAAAAUAUAAAAACAAGUUCAUACGGACGUUGCGGUGCUGAUGGGCUCAGAGGUUAAUUGGUCAUGGGCCUAAAUUGAUAAUACUGAUUUAUUACUAAAUAGAUAAGUAAAUCUAUUAUUAAAGACUGUUUAGUGUAAUAGUUAUAUAUUUUAUAAUCUUUUCUAUUAUAUUUCUUUUUCU